AUGGGUCUCAAGAUUGAUGCGCCAUUAUCUCUGGAAAUCGUCAGUCCGGAGCAACUUCGCAACUGGCGUGUGCCAGGACAUAAGGGCAGCGACCCUAUUCGCUUGCUUCUACUAGAUGCAGAACAAUAUGGGAGAUCGAUUGGUUUGUUUGUCCGAAGACUCGAAGCCGAUUUCUACGCUAGAGUUGCACCAAACAUAUUCGAACAUUCAAAGAUGUCAAAGCUGAAGCUCGAGACACUCUAUUUCGAAGAUCCGCCACGAAUCCCAAGGAAGCUCAUGAGCUGUGCAAUGUACUGCUUCCAUUUUGAGUUCGAUCAAUCAGAAUACUCGAUUUCAAGCGCCCGACCUCGGGGACUAUGGGAUCAAGAUCGCCAAGAACUCUCCAUCGAGAUUGCGCCUGGUGGAAACGAUUCACCCCCCUACGACACCUUUUAUGGCAUGGUCUGGAUGACUUGCCACAAACCCGGCUUCACACUUCCAUUCUCGAUAUUUUUCGCAUACCAUGUUGUAACCGGACGAUUGUGGACCAAGCUGUUGAGCUCCGAUUAUACCCUGCGCGAGAUCGAAUGGCACACUGCAAUCUCAGAUAUGGAGAUUUCUAGACGAUACCGCUUCGAUAUGUCCAUACUUCUGCCGCUUUACGUGUACCCAAGCGCGGGCGCCUGGGAACCGCUGUACACAGCAGCAAAAGCGCACAAGAAUGUGGACUUUAACGUCAUCAUCAACCCCUGCUCCGGCCCUUGCAUGGGAUCACUCCCCGAUCAAGUGUACCUAGACGAAGUCCCAAAACUCCGAGCCUACCCAAACAUUCGCACAUUAGGAUAUGUUGCAACGGACUACGCAGACAAGCCUAUCGAAAGCUUAUUGGCAGAAAUCGACACCUACGCGCGUUGGCCCAAAGUGACAAACAUUUCCAAGAUGCGCGUUGAUGGAAUCUUCUUGGACGAGACGCCAAGUACUUUCGAUGAAGACGAUUACGAAUACUUGAAGACAGCAAAUCAAGCGAUCAAAAACAACACAGCAUUCAGCGAUCGCUUCAUAGCUCACAACCCCGGUCUGAUACCCACGUCCAUCCUCACCUCGCCUACGGUGCUCCAAGAGUCCUACCUCAACCUCACGGAUCUCACCGUCGUAUUCGAAGAGACGUUCGAUAAGUGGCUGGAUAGAGACGUCAUGGUGCCAUUGCAAGCACACAAGAUUCGGCGUUCGAAGCUGGCUGUCAUACUGCAUUCUUUGCCUAGUCUGACUGAAGAGGUGCUGGGGUUCAUGGUGCAGCAAGUUGAGAACACGGCGGAUUGGGUAUUCUUGACGGAUAGUGCGGACGACUAUUAUCACACCUUUAGUGCGAUGUUUGGAGAUCUGGUGAAGGCGGUUGAUGGGAGUAGUUGA